AUGAAGAAGAAGAAGAAGAAGCAGCAGCAGCAUUUCCGCUCAUUGGCUGGCAAAGAGUUUGGCAGCAUGGAUGGCCUCAAUGGCUUUGCCGUGGGUGGCAAUAGCAAAAAGAAGAAGAAGAAGCGACGCCAUAGUCGCACCAUCUUCACCAGCUAUCAGCUGGAGAAGCUUGAGGAAGCCUUCAAGGAGGCGCACUAUCCCGAUGUCUAUGCCCGCGAGAUGCUCUCACUGAAGACCGAACUGCCCGAGGAUCGCAUACAGGUUUGGUUCCAGAACCGACGCGCCAAGUGGCGCAAAACGGAGAAAGUCUGGGGCGGCAGCACCAUAAUGGCCGAGUAUGGAUUAUAUGGAGCUAUGGUGCGACACUCGCUGCCGCUGCCGGAGACCAUACUGAAGUCGGCCAAGGAUAAUGAUGCGGUGGCGCCCUGGCUACUAGGCAUGCAUCGCAAGUCAAUUGAGGCGCAGUCCGCGUUGCGUGACGACUCCGGCGUAAGUGAUCAUGAGGACUCCGGCGGCUCCAAGUCCGCGCAUUCGGAUGAGCUGCGCUCGCAUUCGCGCGCCUUAAGCUCCUCCACCGAAUCGCUGAAUGUCGUCAGUCCGGCGCCCAGCAGCUGCAACACCAACGCCUCCACGGCCCCGCCCACAUGCAGCAGCAGCUAUGCAGCCGUCAGCUCUGCCGCCACCACGCCCACUGGCGGCGCCACUACCAACAGCUCCAGCUCGCCGCACAUUGAGCUCAGUUCGCCCUCACCGCAGGCGCAGACGCAGACGCAGCUGCUCCAGCAACAGUCGGCGGCGCCACCAGCUGCAGCUUUGCAGCAUUAUGGCGCUGCCACGCCCAGUUAUCAUCCGCUGCUGGAUGCAGCCAAUGCAGCUGGCGCCGGCGCUGCAGCCACCAGCAAGGAUUUCCAUUUGAUUAUGAACACAGCUGUGGCGGCAGCAGCGGCGGCCGCGCAGCAGCAGCAGCAGCAACAACAACAACAGCAGCAGCAGCAACAGCAGCAUCACUUGUCUGCCGCCGCAGCAGCUGCUGCACUCAUGGAGCACGAUCCGGAUGCGUUUAGAAAUAAUUCGAUUGCUUGCCUGCGUGCCAAGGCGCAGGAGCAUCAGGCGCGGCUGCUCAACAAUGGCGGCCUCUUUCUUCAGGUGCGUAGCUUUGCACAGGCGCAGGCGCAAGAUCUGCUCAAGCACGAGGAGCACACGAAGAGCAGCAGCGAGGCGGUCUGAGCAGUAGACAAAACCAAA